ACUUGAAAUCUCUCUUGUCAUCAUCCAACCCAAAACUCCUUGAAAAAAAAAAGAAAAAAUAAAAAUCUUCCGGAGCUGCUGACACUCUUUUCUUGCUUUUGCAUGGCGUUUCCUCUUCGUGUCUAAGAGCGUUCCAUUUCUGUUCCUCUUCUGGUAUGCGAUAGUCACGAAAGGCUUGCCUGGGAAGAUUUUAUAUAUAUCCUUGGAAGGAGAAAAUGGAUGAAAACAAUGGGGCAAAGUUAACCGGGAUCAAGCAGAUUGUGAGACUAAAGGAGAUUCUUCAAAAAUGGCAAACUGUCACAAUAGGUUCAAAGUCAGAUGAUAGCGAGUUGGGGGCUAGGAAGCACACAGCAAUCAUUUCCCCGGUUAUCGACAAGAGGUUAUUGGAUUUGAAGACUUGUGACUCGGACGAGGAAACUACUUGCCAUAGCCCUGAGUCACCACCAGAUGUCCCUAAAGGAUAUUUGGCUGUAUAUGUUGGACCCGAGCUCCGGAGAUUUAUCAUACCCACAAACUUUCUUAGCCACUCUCUUUUCAAGGUCUUGCUCGAGAAGGCUGAGGAAGAGUAUGGAUUUGAUCACAGCGGCGCGUUAACCAUACCAUGUGAGGUGGAGACUUUCAAAUUCUUACUUAAGUGCAUCGAGAACCAUCCUAAAGAUGACACCUCGGCUGGAGAUCCAAUAGAAACAGAAGAGUAAAUAAUAACACAUCACUUAUAUAAGAUUCUUCUUGAUUCUCUUUUAUUACGAUCCCCUUUGAAACUCAUAUUAGGGCUGAUAAUUCCCACUGGUAAUUGUAAAUCAGUUUCUCUUUGUAUUUUUCUGAUUUUUUUUCGUCUACUUCUCCGUUGCUUUUUACAAAAGGAAGAGUAGAGAUGAUUGUUUAAGUGUGGAGGAAAUGAUAGUCAAAUACUCAAUGUGAUUACAUA